AUUUUGUGUAUUUUUAACCUAACUAAAGAUAAGAAAGAUGCCUCCCAAAGCCAAAAAAGGAGGGGGGGUUGUCAUAGAUGGGGUGGAUACAACGUCUAUGACCAGAGAACAAUUGGAAGUAUUUUGUUUGAGAAUAAAAGAGGAAAAUGAUCGCGAAAGGGAAGAACGUAAUUUUUUCCAAAUGGAACGGGAUAAAAUCCGAACAUUCUGGGAAAUAACAAAAAAUGAACUUGAAGAACACAGAGCUAAAUUACGUAACAAAGACCGUCAAAUUGAGGAAGCAGCAGAAAAAAACGAAGCAGAGUUAAAAUUUUACCGUCAAAAAGUAAAACAUUUACAAUAUGAGCAUCAAAACGAUUUGACUGAAGCUGAAGCUGAGGCUUUGGUUGCAUUGAAAAAUGCCGAGGAUGCGCAUAACGAAGAAGAACGCGAGCUUUUAAAGGAUAAAAAGGAUUUAAAGCAACUUGGAAGAGACAAAGAUUUUGCACAUCAGGAUCAAAUAAAGGCUCUUAAAUUGGAAUUCAGUGAGAAUGUUAGUCAAGCAAGAACAGAAUUUGAGGAAAAAGCCAAAGUUCUUGAAAAUAAAUACGAGAGAAAAUUUAAUGAAUUAAAAACCGAACUAAAUACUAAACAUAACAUGGAGAUAGCUGAAAUUGAGGAGAGAAAAAAUACGCAAAUAACCGAGCUCACAAAACAUCACGACAAUGUUUUCAGUGAAAUGAAAAACUAUUACAACGAUAUUACCCUAAACAAUUUGGCAUUAAUAAGCGCUUUGAAGGAUCAAAUGGAUACCUUAAGAAGUCAAAACCAAAGAUUGUCCAGACAAGUUUCUGACCUUACCGCUCAAAACAAAGCUCUACAAGAACCACUGGAAAAGGCCCUCAAAGAUGCUGCUGAAUACAAGAGACAAUUACAGAAUUAUGAAAAGGAUAAAAUUUCUUUGCUUAACACAAAAGCAAAAUUAGCUCAAACAAAAAAAGAGCUUUCAGACCUAAUAUGGGCGAACGAUGCAUUGGAACUUCGAUUUGGAAAAUUGGAAACUGAGAAAAACGAGUUGCAAGAUCGUUUUGUAAAAGCAAUUUUGGAAGUUCAACAAAAGACAGGGAUGAAAAAUAUCCUGCUGCAAAAACGAAUUAACACCUUAACAGAUCUUUCAGAGCAAAGGGAAGUUGUACUUGGAGAUUUAGCAGUGGCUGCCAAAAAGAUGCCCGAAAAUAAAAAACUGCAGCAAAUUCUGGCAUCUAAGAAUGCUCUGAUAAGUGAUUUAGAAUACGAAUUAGCUAGACUGAGCAAAGCACAUGAUGAUGUUAUAUCCUCUUAUGAAGAAAAACUACUUGCAUAUGGUAUACCUAUUGAAGAACUUGGUUUUGAACCAUUAAGAUUCAGAGCUAAUGGACAGGGGGGUAUUUCAAAAGGACCUGCUGGACUUGUAACUCAAAACAAAUAAACACCCA